AUGGUGUUGCUGUUCACCAUCUCGGUUAAUGGUAUCCUUGAGCGGUUGGAUUUUACGCUUACACUUCUUGUCUUGUGUCAGCAUACGUUGUCGGUGUUUGCGACGUUCUACUUCUCAACUUUUCCUUUCCUUCAUUCAACCAUUCCUUGCAUACUCCCAACUUCCAUCCACAAAAGCAUUCUGCCUAGAAAAAUACUAUCACAAAUGCACUCAUCUUUAUUGAUCACAUUCUGCAUCGUAAAGCCUGACCGCUGGGUUUGCCACCUCAGCCCAUGCCCGAGGGAUGCCUCAAAACGUGACUUGAGCCUCACUCGUUCCGCCAAGCCCCCACCAAUACUUGUGCAGUGCAUGGUGGAAAUUAUGCAUUUUCUCCUCUCUAAUUAUUCGCGGCAGCCUACUUUCGCUCUGCACAGCCAGCGAAAAUUCUUCACACGUCUUGUGCAUCUCUACUUUGUGGAACGAAGCUUAGAAUGGUGGCUGGUGAGCUGGUGCAUGCUCGCAGCUAGCUGGUUGCAUCCUGAGACAAAGUCAAACAAUCACUCCAAGCCGGACGAAACAAGCCUAAGAUUCCGGAAAGGAAGACCGCAGCAAAGAUUAGUCGACACCGCAUCAAAGGUCAGAACAGGAAAUUGGAAAAGCACAUUAAUCACACCUAGAGAAACCGGAGCUAUAGCACCCGCUUGCGAAGCCGCUCAGGAAAUCCCUCCGGCGGCGGAUCAUGUGAAAGGGAAAACUGUUUUUGGCCCAUGCAACCUCAGCCAAAUCAAUCAAUCAGUAGAUGAUGAACAAGGCGAAUCCGCGCCAACGCGCAAAAGCCUCUAA